GCAGGAUAUCUGGAUAUCUCUUCUUGGCUUACACAUUGAACGGGUGGGAUAUGUAACGAGUCAAGAUAGGUGAGGUUGAUAUAUAUGUAAGUGUUGCGAUCGUCUAUCUGUCAACUCUCACCCAUCUUUUCCGCUCUCCACACUCACCCUCCACAAUGUUUGAGCCUCACGACAAGGAAAAGGCGUUGCAUGCUACACCGGAAGAGCUGCCUGAAGUUGAAAUUGGCGAGGUCAAAGAUGUCAGGAAUGCAGACGCUGCGCUUGACUUUUUGCGACAUGAGGGCGAGGGAGUUGAGAUGACGGCGGAGGAUGAGAAGAGGCUGGUGAGGAAGAUCGAUUGGAUGAUUAUGCCGUUGAUGUGGUGUUGUUAUGUUGCGCAAUACUUGGACAAGACGUUGAUCAAUUAUGCUGCUGUCAUGGGACUGUAUGAGGAUGCGAAUAUCACAAAGGCCGAUUUCUCGAACUUGGCUUGGAUCUUCUAUGUCUCAUACCUUGCUUUUGAGUUUCCUCAUGGCUACGGUAUGCAGCGCUUCCCUACCGCAAAGUAUCUCGGCAUUAUGGUGGUAUGCUGGGGUGCUAUCGUUACUGUCACUGCAGCUUGCCACUCUUAUGCUGGCCUCAUCACGACCAGAGUCUUACUUGGUUGCUUCGAGUCCGCAGUCGCGCCAUCACUCAUGCUGAUCACAACCAUGUGGUACAAGAAGAACGAACAACCCCCUCGCACAGGAAUCUGGUACCUAGGCACAGGCACUGGCACAAUCAUCGGCUCCCUCCUCUCAUACGCCUUCCAACACGUAAACUCCGCCUCCCUCUACUCCUGGCAAAUCCUCUUUCUGGUGGUCGGCCUCCUCACCAUCUGCAUCGGCAUAACCGUCACCCUAAUCUUCCCGGACAACCCAAUGACCUCCCGCCUCUCCCACCAAGAAAAAAUCUGGGCAAUCGAACGCCUACGCGAAAACCAAACCGGGAUCGAAAAUAAACAUUUCAAGAGCAAUCAGGUCGCCGAGUGUUUCAUGGACCCACAGACUUGGCUGUUGAGUUUGAUUACGAUUUCGAGUUCCGUGCCUAAUGGUGCGGUUAGUAGUUUUCAAGCUACGUUGAUCAAAGGGUUUGGAUAUGAUAGUAAGCAGACUGCUUUGCUACAGAUCCCUGGCGGUGCGUGUAGUGUGGUGUCUAUCCUGAUCGCGACAUAUCUGGCCGGCAAAUUCGAUCAGAGAGGGUUGAAUGUGGUUACCCUGCUCAUCCCUGGAAUCUUGGGAGGUGCAUUGAUGGCUUUUCUGCCCGAAGACAACAAGGCUGGAAAACUCAUCGGCAAUUACUUGACCAAUUGCAUUGGCGCAAGUUUGCCAUUGAUGUAUUCAUGGGUCGGAGCAAACUACGCCGGUCACACCAAAAAGGUCACCAUGAACGCCAUCCUCCUAAUCUCCUUUUGCCUGGGCAACAUAAUCGGGCCCCUGACCUUCCGCGCCGAAGACGCACCCGAAUACAUUCCCGCAAAAAUCACCAUCAUUGUAACAUGCGCCACCGCAGUGGUGCUGACAUUGAUCCUACGGGCAUACUAUAUUUGGGAAAACAAGAGGAGGGAUAAGGUUGUGGAGGAAACGCGGAUGGGACAUAAAGCCGAUAUCGAGUUUGCGGAUGUUACGGAUAGGAAGAAUAAGGAAUUUAGGUAUAGAUUGUAAGAGGGAGGGAGGGGGAUGAAGGGGCUAGGGGAUAGGGCGAAGAUGGGAAGAGUGGUGUUUUAUGUAUUUAUGAUGGCAUGAAAAUUGUAAUGGUCUAGGGACGAUAGAAAGGAAGGCU